AUGGGCUACGUCGAGACAGCUCACGCGGGCCUCACGGCUCUCGAUGCCCGCAACUACGACCUCGCCCUCACGAACCUCACCACAGCCCUCAGCUCGUCGCUGAACCCAAAGUGGCUCAUCGCCCGCUCCAAGGCACUCGUCGGACUGUCCCGCUUCGCAGAGGCUCUCCACGAUGCCGAUCUCGCCUACCACACGGCUGUGAACCGCUCGAACCGGGAGCUCAUGACAGAGGCCCAGCAUCGCCGUGCCGUCGCCUACAACCGUCUGGGUGAGCUGGCCAACGCUGACGCAUGCUGCAUCUACGUGCAGUGGAUGACGGAGAAGAAAAGUCUAACCGGAGGUGUCGACCCGGCCGACGCCUUCACCAACGAGAAUGGUCUGUGGACGGCUACCCUCGAGGACGCCAAGAAAGAGGCGCAGGAAUCGCAGUUUGGCGGUUCUGCGACGCGCGACGCGGGCAUGGCCGGCGCAAUGCAGCAGAACCAAGGCCCGUCUGCCGCACAAUGGAAGUUGAGCGAUGUGCUGCGAAGGCAAAUCCUUUUCAAGUUGGACCAACUAGACGGGCAAGAUCCAGCGCGAAAGCGGACCGCCCGCGUAGUGCCACCCAAAAAAGACUUUAACAGACUGGGUGAAGCUGCCGAGUCCAAGGACAAAGAACCUGUGGUCGUCGAGGCUCAGAAGCCUGUGGUGAGCUCGGCGGGGGCGACUGCGCCCAAAGACACGACCCUCCGCAUCCAGGAUUUCCAGAGCGCUACCUCCAUGAGCGCUUCCAUCUUCUCAAAGGGCAACGACAAGAACACUGUCAAAGUCGAAUUUGGAAAAGACUGGGUGACAGUUGACCCUCUGAUCUAUCCCGAUGGAUCCAAGAAGAGCUUUGCGGCUAAGCUCGCAGGGGAGGUAGACCCGGAAGCCUGCAAAUACACCGUUAUGCCAAGCAAGAUAGAGCUUUCACUGAACAAAGCACAGCCUGGCAAGUGGUCCGGCCUAGGGAAGACCGGUACGGUUGAGGAGAUGGGAGCUUUUAAGAGCCCUACCACAGACCAGGCUUCUUCUCAACCAACAACGACCGCCACCGCACCAAUGGCCUCCUCCGCGCCAGUUGAGUCAAAGACAGAAGCCACCCAAGACAAAACGAAGCCCACGGAGGCAGCACAGCCACCAGUGUCCUCGUACCCAACCUCAUCGCGCGGCGGUCCAAAGAACUGGGACAAGAUUCUGGGUGAGGACGAGGAGGAAGAGGAAGCCGGUGUCAACGACUUUUUCAAGAAGCUCUACAAGAAUGCUACACCUGAACAACAGCGUGCGAUGAUGAAGAGUUUCACGGAGAGCAGCGGUACGAGUCUGAGCACGGACUGGAACGAUGUCAAAGAAAGGACCGUAGAGACGGUGCCGCCCGAGGGCGUGGAGGCAAAGAAGUGGAAGUAG